AGUGUACCUGCUGAUGAGGGUGGGAGGGGUUGGACUCGAAGGGAGGCGUUUCCGUUGAGCAUUUGGAGCCUCAUUUUUGCACUCCCAGGCAGCUGCUGUAGUCUCUCUCUCUGGACACAUCGCAAAAAAAAAAAAAACGAUGAAUGCACUUGAUGUGAGAAGUAAAACGGGAAUUUGGUUGCGUGCUUGCGCGCGGCUGCGGUGUUCGCGGAUUUAGGACAAAUGAGUCUAAAUUGUGUCCCUGUCAAAAACGCGCCGUGAUCAUGCUGGAUUGGCUCGUGUUGCUAUGCGUCGCGGCGCUGGUCGCAGUCAUCUGGUCCGGCUCCAAAGUUUCUGGUACCGAGAAGCGGACGAGCGCCGCGCCGGGAAGAGCGAACGGUCCGCUGCGAGGCGGCGACUGCAGCGUGGAGCUCAUCUGCAAACGUUCGGCCCUGGCCAACUACCUCGUUAAGAACUGCUCCACUUUCAGCAACUACUCGCCGCGGGUCGGCUGGACGCGGCGGCCCAGCGCCGUCCUCCAGAGCUUGUACGAGGCGUGCCGGUCCUCCGGCAAGACGGUCCACUUCGUGCGGGACAACCUGCAGCUGAGCGACGACGGACUGGUGGCUCUGGACUGGGCUUAUCCCUCCUACCAGAAGAGACGCAGGACCGCCAGCCACUCCACCAGCCCGGUUCUCCUCAUCAUCCCCAAUUCGUUCGGAAAGAUCACCAGGAAUGUGCAGCAGUUGUGCCAAGCCGCGCUUUCCCACGGUUACCUCCCCGCGGUCUUCAACCGGCGGGGCCACAACGGCACUCCGCUCACAACCGUCAAACUGCAGCAGUUCGGAGAUCCCGCCGACCUGCGAGAGGCCGUGCGCUACAUCCGCUACCGCCAGCCCGCCGGCAAACUCUUUGCGGUGAGCGAGAGCACCGGCUCCGGCCUCCUCCUCUCGUACCUCGGGGAGUGCGGCUCGUCCAGCUACGUGACGGCGGCCGUCUGCCUCUCGCCCGUCUUUCGCUGCCAGAGCUGGUUCGAGAACGGACUCUGCUGGCCCGUGCAGUGGGCCUUGGUGCUCUACCAGAAAAUGUGCCUCAGCAGAUACAAGACGGUGUUGAGUUCCAUCGUUCACACGGACACCCUCUUUGCUACCAGUUCUCUGCGCAACCUGGAGGAAGUUCUGUUCUGUCGCACAGAUCAGGUUAGCUGCGCGUCGGCGGCGCCGGCUGGGACCGGCGGCGGCGCUUCGGGUUCCUGGGAAGCUUACUGGGAGCGCAAUGAACCCUUAAGAGAUGUGGACGAGGUGGCGAUUCCAGUCCUGUGUGUCUGCGCUCGGGACGACCCGGUCCGGGGAAACACCCAGUCCACGGUACCCUGGGAACUAUUUGAAAGCAACCCGCAUUUUUUCCUCCUUCUGACAGACCGAGGUGGCCACUGCGGUUUCCCCGCGACAAGCGAAGGGAAUUCCGCCGGGCCGGCUAGCCGGCCGGCAGCUGGGCCCAGCAGUGCGACUGCCAACUGUGGGAACAACUGGAGCCACCGGGCUCUUUUGGAGUUCUUCAGGGCUACCGCGGACUUCUUUGCCGCAGAGGAGAGAACGAAACAGCUCGCGGCAAAGAGGAGGGUUCUGGGCGGAGGCGCGGGAGGGAGAAUCUUCCGGCACCGGAGUGUCAGCACGUGUAAACGAGUGCCGGCGUGCUCCCACAAUAUCAACGCCAUUUACAACUGGCAGAGGUCCUACACACGCUGAGGGGACUUUGUGGAAUUUGACACCCACGUGCUUGUUCGGUUCCAAAACGGGAUGAUGGCGUAGUGGUUCACCUGGCUGACGUUUAUGCCAAUUGUGAUUUGCACUCACGUUCAGGUUUCGUCUGCUGGGAUUUCGGUCCCUCCCCCCACGAACGCUGAACAGGAUUAGAAGCUGAAAAUGGGCGGAGCUAUAUUUUAUGACAUCGCCGAAGUGUGCCGCUUUUGUUUGAAUGAAAAAGUUCACAUUUUUCUUUCUCAUUGCUAGCUGUCUAUAACAUAUUCAUAGAUCAUCACCACAACGUUGACGUGGAGAACUGAAAAACCUGCCAGAAGUCAGAUCCCAAAUGUUUGAUCCUCUGAAUUCACAGACAAAACAAAUUCUGUUUGUGUCGUAAAAUAUAAUUCUAUUUGCCAUGUCAUUAUCCAAAGCACUUAUCCUCACAAGGGUUUCAGGAAAGCUGGAGCCUAUCUCAGCUAGCUUCAGGCGAAAGGCGGACUACACCCUGAACUGGUCGCCAGUCAGUCACAGAGCGGGAAUCGAUCCCACGGUGCCCACACCAAAGGCAGGCGUGUGUACCACUACACCAUCACUGACACCUAUGGUUGAGAUUUUCAGCCAUUAAUUGAAUAACAUCCCAAUAGUUCAUUUAAAAAAAAAUUAAAUUGAAAAUCUUGACCCCAAUCAGGCGGCACGGUGGAUCUGCUGGUAAAGAGUUGACCUCACAGUUCUGAGGUCCUAGGUUCAAUCCCGGACCCACCUGUGUGGAGUUUCCAUGUCCUCGCCGUGCCUGCGUGGGUUUUCUGCAGGCGCUCCGGUUUCCACAUCCCAAAAACAUACAACAUUAAUAUGACGCUCUAAAUUUCCCCUAGGUGUGAUUGUGAAUUCGACUCUUUGUCUCGAUGUGCCUUGCGAUUGGCUGACAAUCAGUUCAGGGUGUGCCCCGCCUCCUGCCCGUUGACUGGCGUGAUCGGCUGCGGCACUCCCCGCGACCCUCGUGAGGUUAAGCGGUGAAGAAAAUGGAUGGAUGGAUGGAUGGAUGGAUGACCCAACCACAGUUGAGAAAGCAACCUUACAGUUAUUAGUUUCAUUUUUUUUCCAAGUCAUACUCUAUAUUUACCACCUGCAUUGUAUAUCCUAUUGCAGUAGUUCUAUGUGAAGGACCGACAUAAAACACGACGAUAUUUGAAGCGCGUUUUGUUGUAUUUCUCAUUUGAAUGCACUCGCUCUCUUCUGCAAGCUCAACAAGACGCCCAAUUAUAGCGCAGCCCCCCGCGGCCAUUUCAUGCUCGGCUCGCCCGUGCCCAUUGAGAGUUAUCGACUCGGACAGCCGAGACACAGAAGUACACACGGAAUGCCGGCAGACACAAUGUCCAAUUGUCUAAUGACCAAAUUCACUCACACACGCGAAUGAGAUGUCAUCAACGACAAAAUGCAACCCAAAAUAUUUGGCGUGAGUACUGUCAAGGGACUUUUUGGCGACGCUUUUCUCAUGUGGUCGCGUGAAAUGAAUCAUGGAUGGAAUUCUCCCCAUGUGACCAAAGAGAAUUCAAUGUAUAUUCAGGAAAUAAAAGAUAUUUGGCAUUUC